AUGCCGAACUAUCCACCUCAGCCUAUGAUUCGAUACUUCUUGCCUCUUUUGUUGUGGGUGGACAGUUUUCACAGAGUGUCUGGUUCUAUUGGCGAUGGCAGACAGAUGUGGCAGAAGCCCAAUCCGGCUCCUAUCAGUCUAGAACAAGCGUUUCUCCACGAUACAUUCCCCCUGGGAUUUCUCUGGGGAUCCGGGACGUCCGCCUUCCAGACAGAAGGUUCCUGGGACCAGGAUGGAAAGGGUGCAUCCAUCUGGGAUCGUUUCAGGCAAUCCCAAACAGCCGGUGACAGCUAUCUUCGUUGGGAAGAAGAUGUGCAAGGACUUGAGUUUCUGGGGGUGAAUUCAUAUUCUUUCUCCCUGUCGUGGCCGAGACUGUUCCCUGAUGGCAACGCGAGCGGUUUUCCCAAUGAACUCGCCGUGGAGCACUACGACCGUCUGAUAAACAGGCUGGUGGAAAAGAAAAUCGAGCCCAUCGUUACCGUUCAUCAUUGGGAUCUACCUCUGGUCCUGCAGGAGGUGUACGGAGGGUGGAAAAACGAAAAACUGAUUGAAUUUUUUGAGGAAUAUGCUGCAUUUUGCUUCCGUACUUUCGGAGACCGCGUUAGGUACUGGUAUACGAUGCAUAACCCAUAUCUGGUGGCUGUGCAGGGGUACGGGGUGGGUGCGCAUGCCCCAGGGGAAACCGGGGGGAUUGCAGCAUCUCUUAUUGUGGCCCAUAAUUUGAUCAAGGCACAUGCCAAAGCCUGGCACACCUACGACACGCAGUAUCGCCCAACUCAGAAGGGAAGAGUAUCCGUUGUAUUGGGUUCCCACUGGGUGGAACCUCAAAAUGGACAAGCCUCGGCCACCAGCGUUGAUCUUUGCCAACAGUCGAUGGAAGCUGUUCUCGGUUGGUUCGCCAAUCCCAUUCUAGGUGAUGGCGAUUAUCCAGCCUCUCUGAAAAUCAAACAUGGUGACCUUCUGCCUGAGUUCUCUACCGAAGAGAAGCUUUGGGUCAAGAACACGUCCGACUUUUUCGCUCUGUCCUUUGGACUAAACAACUUCCGUCUGGGUCGGAACCUACCCCACUUUGGCCAGGCCGUUUCUCCAGAUCUGAGACGCGUCCUGGGCUGGAUAAAGCUGGAGUAUGGGGACUUGCCUGUUCUAGUGGCCGAGGGGGGAUGGUUUUCUGAAGCAAGUGUGGGAAGAGAAGACACAGUGGCCAUUUAUCUGAUGAAGAGAUUUAUUAACCAAGUAUUACAAGCUAUCAGGUUGGAUGGGGUUCAGUUGCUAGGCUACACCGCGUGGUCACUGCUGGACGGCUUUGAAUGGAAUUACGACUACUCCAUCCGUCGGGGCCUUUUCUAUGUCAACUUCACUCAUCCCAAUCGCACCAGGACGCCCAAAACUAGCGCUCAGUACUUCAAGCAGAUUAUUGCUGAUAAUGGUUUCCCCCAAAUGGAGCCCUCAACAGAAGUGAGAGGGCGUUUCCCCUGUGAUUUUCAUUGGGGCAUUGCUGACUCAACUUUACAGGCCCGGUUUUUCCCGUUCUCCCCCCAAUUUACAGACCCCCACGUGUACAGCUGGAACCGGACAGGAGACGGAUCAUUGCGUGUCAUCCCGGGAGUAAAGCUUCACACGAAUCGUUCCCAGUGCACCGACUACCUGGCUAUUCGUAGUCACCUUUACUUGUUUGCGUCUACCGGGGCGAUGCACUACCGUUUUGCUCUAAACUGGUCUCUGAUUUUACCGCAUGGAGACCUCACCCAUGUUAAUGUGGAAGCUCUGAGGUACUACCGCUGCGUCCUCACUGAGCUGAAGAAACUGGACUUGGAGGCCCUGGUUAUCCUCUACUAUCCGACACACAAGGCUCCAAAUCUGGGCUUGCCUGGAGCUCUGCACGCCUCUGGAGGUUGGCUCAAUUACAGCACAGUCGAGGCCUUUCAGGAAUACGCAGAACUAUGCUUCCGCAAGCUGGGCUCCUUUGUCCGUCACUGGAUCACGGUGAAUGAGCCUAACAGAUUGACCGAUGUUUACUCUGACGGGGAUAAACAACAGAGGGCUGCCCGGAACCUCCUUUUGGCUCACGCGAAGGCCUGGAGGCUCCACCGGCAGAAGUACGCUGAUCAGCGAGGGACGAUGGUGUCACUAGCGCUGCAUGCUGAUUGGGCUGAACCUGCAAACCCUUUCCUUGUAGAGUCACAUUCGAAAGCGGCGGAGAGAUUCCUUCUUUUGGAACUGGGUCGUUUCCUGGACCCGUUGCUAAGGACUGGAAAUGAAUUUCUGACAGUGAGAUCUCAACAAAGCUCUCCAGUUCUUACCUUUACGGAAACUGAAAGAGAGGAGCUUCGAGGUGCCUUGAGUUUCAUCGCGUUGAAUCAUUUCACCACCCGCCUUGUCGCCCCUUUGCCAAUGAACCUUCAGCAAAAACAAGCCGGUAAUCACGACUGCCUUAUCCUUUCCGAUCCUACCUGGCCCUCGUCGCAUCUGGGCCAAGAUCUGGUUCCUUGGGGGCUGCGAAAGAUCCUGAGCUGGGUGACUAAGCGAUACGGAAGAGCGCUGCCUGUCAUUGUCACGGCAAGCGGGGUGGAUGAUCAGGCUCUUUUCCAGGAUAACAUGAGGCAACACUAUCUGAAAAGUUAUCUACAGGAGGCUCUUAAAGCACACCAUUUGGAUGGAGUCAACCUCCGUGGUUUCUAUAUGUGGAAGCUGCAGGACGAUCAUCUACCCCAGUAUGGUCUUUUCACCUCUACCCAGCAACAAUCCAAAGCCAAGGCGUCCAUUAGCAUCUACAAACAAAUCAUCAGUCAGUGGGGAUUCCCCGAAGACAGCGCCUCGCACACGUGCCGCUCCGGGGAGGUCCAGUCGGCGUGUUCUGUAUGCGUAUGGGUGUCCGACAACAAGGCCCUGACCGUUUUUGGCUGUUGCCUCGUGAUCACUGCUGUCAUCUUCACUGCACUUGUCUUCUCCAUGCUCACGACCAGGAGAAAGUACAUCAAGGGACGAAGGAGUGGAGUGAGCAUGUUGAACAGGAGAAGAUGA